CUGGCUACGAAAUUACUGUUGCGCCCCUCACGCACUCAGCGUAUGCGAAACAAAGAACUCUUGGAAGGUCACGAUGUCGACAACGGGGCGUAAGCGGAAAGGUGCAACACCUCCAGAAGACUCCGGGGUGCCAUCCAAGAAACCACGCGCGGCGAAGUCGGCGAAAGGAAAGAAGGGCACACAGCCUGAUGCUCCUGUGUGGCCCGAAUACUUCAACUCUCUCUUCAAGGCAUUGAACACGGUUCUCGCCUUCUGUUCCUCACGGAAAAACUUUGCCAUAACUUUUCCCGUCGUCCGGGCUUCCGUGGAGGCGAUGUUGCACGAACCCCUGGAGCUGGCGAAGGUCGCCGAACUCAAGGCGCUGCUUCCAGAGAUCGUGAAGUUCGCAUACACGCCACGCAUUGAGCUGCGCAUUCACAGUGACCACCAGCCUGGGUCCAGUCGCCGCGAAAGGUCCCCGGACUAUUCGGCCUUUCGGACCGCCAGCGCGUCGAGCUCGCUGGUCAAUGACGAAGACGAAGACGAGCAUGUGCUCGUGCUGGAUUUCAUCGACAAUUCCCGUGGAAAGAAACCCGGUGAUACCGGGCUCGCGUAUGCUUUACCACCAGCACUGACACCUGCAGCGACCAAAAAGCUUGUCGAGCGGCGCAACAACCGUUUCGUUCAGGCUGUCAACGAGCUUCUGAAAGCUACCCCAGAGAGCGAAGACCCCGUCACGCUCCUGCAGUCUGCUGCUCGGGAGCACAUACCUGUGCAUCCUGGGCUCAAAGAUUCAGCACCAGGAGCUAGCCAAGCUGAUGUGAAGGUGAAGUAUCGGCAAAUCCCCGAACCUGAACAUAGGCCAUCCAUUGAAGAAGUCAUCGCCGACGUUGAACAGCAAGAUUGGUACCAAGAGCAAAUACAAUACAGGCGAAUAUUUGAAGCGCGGCAGGGUCAGCUUGCUACUCUGGAGCCGCCUCUCUCUGACACAAUAUCCCAGGCCCUGCGGGAUUCUCGUAAAAUCACGUCACUGUACACCCACCAGGUCUCUGCGAUCAACGCCCUCGCUCGGCAUAAGCAUGUAAUUGUCUCGACAAGCACAGCGUCCGGCAAGAGCGUCAUAUACCAAGUCCCCUUUCUGCAAUUCCUCGAAGCAGACCCUGAUUCCACAGCCAUCUUCGUCUACCCUACAAAGGCCUUGGCGCAAGACCAGCGCGCGGCUCUGGAGCAGCUGCUCUAUUCUUGCCCAGGCCUCAACCAUGUGAAGGUGUCAACGUACGAUGGAGACACGCCGCAAGAGCUGCGCGCCGGGAUCCGCGACACCAGUUCCGUUAUUUUUACGAAUUUCGACAUGUUGCAUGCUUCGAUAUUGCCGCACGAAGACCAGUGGAGAAGGUUCCUGAAGAAUCUCAAGCUUGUUGCGAUAGAUGAACUGCAUUAUUAUUCCGGUAUUUUUGGAAGUCACGUCGCACGAGUAAUGCGCAGACUGAGGAGAGUAUGCGCCGCCGUGGGGAAUCGUCGGGCACGCUUUGUGUCUUGCAGUGCGACAAUUUCCAAACCCAGACAACACAUGCAGAACAUAUCUGGAAUAGAAGAAUCUAAGAUCGAAGCAGUGACAGAGGACGGGGCUCCUGCUGGCCGCAAGGACUUUUUAGUCUGGAAUCCUCCCUUAAAGGACCCGAUGGACCAUUCUCUUGGACGGUUGCAUUCUAUGACUGAAGCUACUAGGCUUAUGCGCUUCCUUAUGGCAAGGGGCGUUCGUGUGAUCCUAUUCUGCAAGAUCAGAAAGUCCUGCGAACUUGCCAUGAAGACGCUCAGGCAGGAACUAUCCGCGGAUGGCCGCCACGACAUCCUGGAAAGAGUCAUGUCAUACCGAGGAGGAUAUUCUCAGGAGGACCGGCGCCGAAUUGAACGAGAGGCGUUCUCUGGGAAUCUACUAGGAAUCGUAGCCACCAAUGCCUUGGAACUGGGUGUCGAUAUCGGGGUGCUAGACGCGGUGAUAAUGCUUGGCUUUCCAAUAGGCGGGCUCGCCAGUUUUCGGCAACAAACUGGGCGUGCUGGACGUCGUGCGCGCGAUGCCCUUAGCAUCCUCGUUGCCGAUGCGCUCCCUGUAGAUCAGCACUACGUCAACCAUCCGGAAGAGCUCUUUGACCGCGCUACAGAUGAGCUCAUGAUUGACCUCGAGAGCAAAAUCAUCCUUGAGGCACACCUUCAAUGCGCGGCACAUGAGAUGCCGAUCACAGCGGAAGACGAGGUGUAUUUUGGCGGUAGUAUGGUUGAAAUUUGCGAAGCGAAGCUAACAAAGGACAAGGAAGGCUGGUACCACACGCACCCACGGUACCUCCCUUAUCCUUCGAAACAUGUUUCCAUUCGUGGCGCAGAAGAGGAGAAGUAUAGUGUUGUCGAUGUUACUCGGAUUGGCAAGCCUGGCGGUACAGCACACAUUCUCGAGGAGAUCGAGCUCUCACGCGCCCUCUUCGAGAUUUACGAAGGAGCUGUGUUCAUCCACCAAGGCCUUACCUUUCUGGUGCAAGAAGUUAGUCACGACUCGAAGAUGGCGAAACUUGUGCGAUCCGAUGUGAACUGGAUCACUGAGCCCAGAGACUUCACCAAUGUCGAUGCUAUCCAGACAACUCGCAUCAGAGAGAUCAAAGGCUCUCCCCAUAGAGCAUUCUAUGGCCGCAUAGAGCUUUUCACCCUUGUAUACGGUUAUUUCAAGCUACGAAACAAGGCGAUCAUCGACGCAGUUGAUUUAGACACUCCGGCAUGGCAGCGCGAGACCACAGGACUAUGGCUCGACGUCCCCAAGCCCGUACUCCAGAUGAUGUACGACCACGGCAUCAACCCGGCGGAAGCUAUCCAUGCUGCUUGCCACGCGUUUCUGAACCGGUUCGCUCUCGCUGCGGAUCUUAGAACAGAAUGUAAGGUUCCAGAGAAGGAGUACAAAGCCUCCGCAUCUCAGCGGAAACGACCCGCAAGGCUCAUCUUUUACGAGCCGUCUGGCAAAACUGGCGGAGUAGCUGUGAAGGCAUUUGAUCACGUGAACGACAUUCUGCGUGAUGCUCACGACCGAGUGGAAAGCUGCGAUUGCGAUGAAGGUUGCACAGCUUGUGUUGUAAGCUCCUCCUGCAAAGAGGGCAACGUGGUCUCAUCCAAGGUCGGAGCUCUCAUCGUCCUCAAAGCUCUUCUUGGACAGCCGAUCGAUGUAGACCUGCUAGAGGAAGGGCUAGAGGAGAAUCAAGCCAUAUACGACACGGUGGUGGAGGCAACCAGCGUUCGCUUGGCCGAAGGCGUGGAGGUAGAACGGUCCAUGUAAGCUCAUUCGUCUCGGACGCCAGGACUUAUAGAUUACUAUACUGUGCCAAUAUUAUACCCUGUAUCACGCUAGAUCAUAAAUUAGGCUAAUGGGUCAAAAUCCC